ACUAUGGUGUUCAACAUCAAAAAUUAUUUCGAUGCAUGGACUUUAGCUAGAAAUUUAUUUAUUUAUUUUUUUUAAAUGAAACUGGUAUCAUAUACAGCAGUCUAUAUUUUGAGUCAUGUGACGGUAAUAAUGCAAAUCAGAAGGGGAAUAUUCUUUGAGCUGGUUAUCAUGCCAUUUUCUCACCUUGUACGUACGGCCGCUUAAAGCUUUUCAUAAGAGUUAAAAAACAGCAGUAAAAUCGCGCUCUGAGUCCACGGGACGAUACUGCUGACCGGACUGAGACAGCAGAGAGAAAUUAAUGGCACAAAAAUGAAACUGUCUAAGGGCGUCAUUCUCCUCUUUCUUGGAUUGUUCAUUAAGGUUGCUGCGGCAGAGAAUUCCACUCAGGUGUACUGGUUAGAGCUUGAAAUCGAGUCAUCGGUGUAUAACUACUUCACUGAUCUACUGAGCAAGCAGACACUCAUCAACAUAGACCAAUCAUCUGUUACAGAAAUCAAAAUCACAACAGAUUGCAAAUGGAAUGAGAUGCAUAAGAACUGUUCGUGUGAGGAGAAAUACACGUUUAGCGAGGACAUGUGCAAAAAUUAUGACUGCUGCCACGAUACCUGCUGGCUAAAUGCUUACGACAUAGCCGUGUGUCUGCCUGAGGAUAGAGUAAGCAUCAAUGGAUUAACUACGUUCGGAGAUUUGCAUUGCACCUAUUUAUGUGAUUCAAGUCAAAUAGAUUCUAAGGAAUACCAGCAAGACAAGGAUAAAAUUGAUCAGUUGCUAAAGAAAACCUACAGCGCACUGAAAUAUUUCGAUUCUCUGAUUAUCAACAGUUACAGGUCUGGCAGCGUGAUCGCAAAUUAUACGGUGCAGGUAAUGGGCGCAGUCAGUCUUACAGAUUUGGACAGCAUAAGCCAGAACCUGUCUGAUUCUAAACUGAAAACAAAUGGCCUCAUCAAAAUUGCAUCUGAUGACAAGGUGAAUGAAAUCGGCUCCACGAUAAUUAUAACUUGUACUCCGCCAGUGCAGCUGGCAAAUAUAGAGGUGAAGUGGUUCCUGACAGAUAGGCAGAAUAAAACAACGGAGCUCACAACAGGAAAAGAGGCCUACUUGAAGAAGGACAACGACAAAGACGUCAUUGAACUAAGGGACAUUUCAGGAAGCUGGAAAGGAACAAUUCAGUGCAUGUACAAGAAAGGGUCCAUAGAACACACAGCAAGUACAGUGUUGGACAUAGCACUUCUGCCAGAGAUACAGGUCACGAGCACACCCCAGUUUCCUGAUUGUAGAGAUAGGAAUGCACAGGUGAACGUCGACAUUGAGUGUAAAAUUUUGGAUGACAAUGAAAAUUACAAUGUUACGUGGAACACUACACUUUCUUUCACAAAUAAAGGAUCGGAACGCGACGGGAAUUUUAUCAUUUACAAAAUAACGGCCAAAAUCAUUUGCGCAAAGAAGGACGAGAUGGCGAGUGCUGGAUGCGUAUUCACAAACGUCAGAUCCAAAAUCAACUCAUCCAGAUCUCAGAUUGUGCAGAUGCCCAUCAUUAAUAACGACUCAAAAUUCUGUGACAAAGAUAAUAACUGGCCCAUCGCAAAAAACAACUAUACGGCCAUUCUGCCUUGUGCGGACAAUAGUGUUGGUUUUACAAAUAGAAGUUGCAUGGAUCAAAUCUGGGGCAAAGAAAUCUCUUCUUGUGUGAAUGCUGAUCUACAUAACGUUCAAAAGGCUGUAGAGGAAUUAAAAAAAGGCAUUGGCUUCAUUAAGGAUGACGCAGACACGCUUUUCAAACAAAUACAGCAAACGACCACAGUGAAGACAUUCCAGUCAUUUGCAAAUAUUAACGCAUCUGUGACUGUUUUUAAAACCAUGAACGAUGUAUCUAAACAGCAGUCAAAUCAAUGGAACGAUACUAUUAUGAAUGACUUUGUCAGCUCUUUAAGCAAUGCUUUGAACAAAACGGAACCUUGGAAAAAUCCUAAGGAUGGAAACACAAAUUUAUCUCUAAAUUAUCUACAUACUGUUGAGGAAAUUAUGGGCAACUCGAAUCUGAGCAUGAAUAAUCCUUAUCAUUACGAUAAUGUUAAACUGGAACCCUGUAAUAAGACAGACGGGGCGGCCUGCGGGGGCUUUAAUGCCAACGUCACGACAAAAGGAGUCGUUGUUGUUGCGUUUCAGAACCUUCAUGAAAUUUUACCACCGUUUCAAAAAAGGCCUUUAAACACCACCAUCUUGUCGGUCACCGCUCUGGAUAACGUGAAUAAGCCCAAAUCUGUGGACAUGAUGUUCGAGUUCGCUAAAAAAAGACUUAAGAAUUAUAAAAUGCACUGUAUUUACUGGGAUGAAAAUAACACAGAAUGGUCUUCAGAGGGGUGCACGUGGGGCGGUGCGCAGAAUCAACAGUUGUGCACGUGUGAACACAACUCCGCAUUCACUAUAAUGAUGUCCAAAGAGGAGGAGACCCUUCCGUAUGAAAACGAACUGACCUACGCUGGCUUGGGAAUAUCCAUCGUCUCACUUGUUCUGUGUUUAAUCAUCGAGUUUUUGGUUUGGGAUACGGUUGUGAAGUCAGACAUCUCCAAUUUCCGGCACGUGGCCUUAGUCAACAUCUCCGCGUGCUUGCUGUUGGCAAACUGCGCAUUUUUAGCAUCAUCUGAUCCAAAGACGAUCGGGAACACGCGCUCACAAUGGUGCUCCAUCCUAACGGUGCUCAAACACUUCUUUUUCCUCGCCGUCUUCUUCUGGAUGCUCUGCUUAAGCCUCGUGCUCCUUCACCAGAUGAUAUUCGUCUUUGACCAGCUGAGGAAAAAGGUUUUUUUGGUAUUGUCAAUCACUGUUGGCUACGUGUGCCCUUUGAUAUGCGUGACGGCAACCUACAUUGCUUUCGACAACGGUAAAGAAGGUGAAUACUUUUCCAAAGAUAGCUGCUGGCUCAUCUAUCAGGACGUGAUGAAAGGCUCCCUCUUUUCCUUCAUCAUUCCUGCUUUAACUAUUGUGAUUGUAAACCUUUUCACGCUGGUUGUGGUGAUCAUGAAGAUAGUAUCUCCUACUGUGUCAGAUUCAAAGGCGCGGGACCAAAAGGAUGUUGCCAGGGCUAUGAUUAAGACAAUAGUUUUCUUAAGCCCCGUCCUCGGACUAACUUGGCUCCUUGGGAUUUUCGUGCUGUACCUUGAUCUUACACAAACACCUUACGCCCAAAUCGUGAGCUACGCAUUUACACUGCUCAAUUCACUCCAGGGCUUUUUGAUACUGCUGACAAACUGCUUGGGAGAGAAAAAGGUCCGUGAUGCACUUCUAAAGCGUUUCCAAUCCAAGAAGUUAGUGCAAUCUAAAACCGAAAGCUCAACCAAAGCAACAUCUUCAGUUAUGAUGAAGUAAAGUUCGGACGGAUUACAGUCGGCGCCUUCUAAAAGGACUGAAAUAAGAGAAGACAUGAAACUCGACAAACGUCGUGGAUUAAAUCCUGUCACAUUCAACAGCUAUAAAACAUCGUCUUCUAGAAAACUGUACAAUUAUUUGUGAUGUUCUAGUGCAGAGGAUUUAAAUACGUUAGUAAUAAUAUGGAUGUUUUUAGAUUUCUGCCAGGGUGACUGAAUUCAUUUUUCUUUCUGAAAACGGUUUAUUGUUUCUUUUUUUUUUGCAUGAACAUCAGUGAAUGGUUUACUCAGUUUUACAAAUAUUAAUGUAAGUAUAUGUAUGCUUGUAUGUCUAUAUAUAGCCUAUUUGGUAAUUAAUAUUGUGGUAUUUAAGUUAGUGAUUGAGUUUUUAUUCUUCAAAAUGUUUUUUUUUUUUUUUUUCAGUUUUAUGUAUAUUAAUGUAAAUAUAUUUAUGCUUGUAUAGCCUACAUGGUAUUACUCAUAACUGGUGACAGUCAUUCAUUUUUUGUAUUCAUUUUAGCUUUUGAUUUCACUGUCUACCGAGUUGCACCAAUCUUUACUAUUUUUUUGAAUUUAUUUAGAUGUGAAACAAAAAUGGCAGACGUUGCUAUAAGCAUCCAUUAGUUUGUAUUUUGCUCUAAUGGCCUAAUAAAAACCUACUUUUUAA